ACAGAAGGAAACCAAAAAAAAAAACACCUCCCCUAAUGUUCUCUGCGAUUCUCUCUCUCUCGCUUAAGGCUCGAUUUGCGGUAAACGUCGUCGUGUCGGGACUCUCCCCCUCUUAUCCAGGCUCCACCUUCCUCUCCUAGGGUUCUCCUUUCAUCCUCCGCCGUCGCUCCGCCGCGAAAUUCCUCCUGCUCCACCGUAUCAUCCGUCAAAUUCCCCUCGAUUGACGAUACUUCGGCGCUUUUUCUUCUGCCCCAGUUCGUUCUCCCUCCAAUUGUUGGAAAUUGCUUAGGGUUUCAGCUUCUUCCUCCUCCGUGGAAUUUCUACUUCUAGGGUUUUGUUUUGGUGGUUUUCUUCGAUUUGUCGACAGUUCGGGUGGGAUGAGUAGUGCGUUCAGUGAACAGAUCCUGAUUGAUAAGCUCGCCAAGCUCAACAGCACUCAGCAAUCCAUCGAAACUUUGUCCCAUUGGUGUAUAUUUCAUCGGAGCCAUGCGGAAUUGGUGGUAACGACAUGGGAGAAACAGUUCCACAGUACAGAGAUGGCGCAGAAAGUGCCUCUCUUGUACCUCGCCAACGACAUCCUUCAGAACAGCAAGCGUCAGGGCAAUGAGUUCGUGUCCGAAUUCUGGAAGGUACUGCCGGGGGCUCUCAAGGAUAUAGUUUCCAAGGGAGAUGAACGGGGAAAAGGCGUUGUCUCGCGUUUGGUUAAUAUAUGGGAAGAAAGGAAAGUCUUUGGCUCCCGCUCGAAGAGCCUCAGAGACGUAAUGCUCGGAGAUGAAGCUCCCCCUCCCCUCGACGUCGGGAAAAAACGAUUACGAGGAUCCAAAUCUUCAAAACGUGAUUCCAAAUCAUCUAGAAUGAAAUCGUCGAGUGGAGGUAUAGCCGAGAAGAUAGCAUCAGCAUAUCAUUUGGUCCAGGUUGAGAACUCGAGUGAGGAGACAGAGAUGAAUAAGUGCAAGUUCGCAGUUAAACAUAUAAGAAAGAUGGAGAAAGACGUUAAAGACGCCUGCUCUACUGCGAAAGACCCGAGAAGAAAAGAGUUGGCGGAAGAACUGGAAGAGGAAGUGAAAAUUUUGAAAGAUUGUGUCGAGAAACUUAAAUCGGUCGAAGGAAAUCGAUUGAAGCUUGUAAACCAGUUGAGAGAAGCUCUAAACCAACAGGAAUCCGAACUGGAGAACCUUCAAACUCAGAUCCGGGCAGGACAAGAACAGAGAGAAGAAGCUGAAAACAUGCAGAAAUGGCUCAAGGAUGAGGAUUAUGUGUUGCCCAAACCGACAACCACUGUCCCAGUUACUGUCCCGACAACACUCGACAUUGGUCAAGCUCCGAAAGCCAUGACCGGAUCACUUGCUGCCAUGGUUGCUGAUAAGCUCUCGUCGUGUACCUCCUCGCAUAUGAUUAUGCAGUCUGUUCUAUCUUCAUUGGCAGCGGAAGCUACAAAGACUGCCAGCCUGUCGUCGAAACCAGAGAGUUCGGUUCCUGUUUCGGACAAUACUAAUACUUUUGUUCCGCCAAACCCUUCUUACAACAACAACAACUCGGCCAUGUUACCUCAGACCACUGUCCAGAACCAGACACAGUUCCUUCAACCGACGACCCAACAGUUCCUUCAACCGCCCGGAAUGAACCCUUACGGUUUCAGUAAUAUCCCAUUAAUGCCGCCGCCACCACCGCCACCGCAUAUGAUGGGCCCCGGGAAUCAACCGCUGCCGCCGCUGCAAAUGCCGGCAAACCCACCUCAGCAAUCUCAACAGGGUCGCACUUUCCAGCCGCUGCAGCCACCAGGGAUGAUGUAUUAUGGACAACCGCACCAUUCGUAGGGUUUUUGAGAGUCUAUUGUUUAGUUAGAGAGUUAGCUAUGUGAGUUAAGUUAGUCCUGACCACCUCAUGUUCUGAAUGUAAUUUGGAUAAUGCAUGGCUUGGGUUGGGUCGCAUCAUGCUGACUAAUGCCUCAAAAGCUGUGGAAUGGUGACCCCCUUCUUGGCCAACGAAAUGUUUGUACCAAAGGUCCGCAGACGUGGAGGAUCCAAUAAUUGUCCUGUGAACUGGUUCAGUUUGGUCCCAUCUUUGAUCCUCCUUUUCUA